GUGAACAAAUGAAAUUAAGAAAAAACAGUGAGAGGAAUGUAGUGCUAUGAGAGGGAAAGAGAAAAACAGAUGGAGAGAGAGAGAGAGAGAGAGAGAGAGAGUGGCGUAGUGUCCGUGUGGCCCCUGCAGGCCCCCGAGCUGUCCAGCGUCACACCAGCUUUACGCAAGGACAAAAAAAGUUGUCGGGUUAACGACAGAAAAAAAAAAACGAAAAAAAAAACGACACCCCUCCCUCUCUUACCCGAGGGGAGUGUGUGAGAGAGUGUGUAACAGAAUAGAGAACGAGUCUGAAGAAACGAGGAAAAGUUCGCCAAGCAACUUCGUGACCUCCGCGGAUCUUGUGUUUGUCCCUUUCGCGCUUUCACAAACUUGACGCAGAACGGAUUUGUACGCGAGACGGUGUGAGGAGUUCACGCGCAGGAGGAGAGAAUGAGGACUGGAUCUGUGAGCAGAUUGUGUGCGUUUUGGUGUUGUGUAUUGAUUCUGCUGCCCUUAACAACAGCCGAUGAAGCAGAAAAGCCGGCUCCAGGACGACAGUCUCGUCAGGCAGAGGAGGAGGGGCUUGAAGGGGUGUGGGGUCCAUGGAGCGAGUGGGUGGAGUGUUCUCAGAGCUGUGGAGUGGGCGUGUCGGAGAGGAGGAGACAGUGUAUGCCGCCGCCCCAAACCCCGCCUCUUGUAUGGAACAGACCAGCUUAUCUUCCACCAGGUGUCCCGAACAACACUCCUGUGAUCUCUGCAGUCAGACCCUACUACAACUCCUUGUAUCCCAUCAACGAGCCCCCUCCAUAUGGAGCAGGGGGUGCUGAGAGGCCUCCGUUCUAUUCCCCGCUUCUCCCAGCCAAUCAGAAUCCUGGAUUACCGCUCUACCGAAAUGAAGCCGGCGGUGCUGGGCCGGUGCAGUUCGGACCUCCCAAUCAGGAGCCGGUUUCAGUCUACCGAUCACCUUCCUCAUCAUCUUCACUUCCCUACGGGAGAGUUCCCGGACGGCCGUCCAGUCAAGGAAGACCUGUAGGCAGUGGGAGCAGGAGGUCAGUUUCCGCCAAUAGGAAUCCAGCAUCUGUAAGAAGGUCUAGUUCUUCUAUUCGCCCUGGACAGUUUGGGUACGGCAGAGUGCCAUUCUCCCUUCCUCUACACAGACAAAAUCGACAUGCGCGCCACACGCAUCACCACAACUCCACCGCCACAGAGAGACUCAACGCUCUAAGUGUUAACUCCAGCUCACAUGUGGACAAAACACAGGGAGAAGUGGAAAAAGCAAUUACAGAUGUGGCCAAUGUUAACAGAGAACGAAAAGAGAAAGACAGGGCUGAAAUUGAGACAGAGGCGGGUGCCACGACAGCAGACGUGGAGAGUGAUGCUGCAGCUGAUGGAGAGCCACACAGACGAGCAGAGAGAGCGCGGGAACGCGAUCGAUUCGCCCAUUCACGGACCCCAACCCAGAGGCACGCGGCCCGUGACAGACGUAUCGAUGGCCGCUCUUCUCGCCAAGUCCCACACUCCUACACGCACACUAUCCACCGAGCGCACGCUCCCAGAGACCCUCCUCCCUACGGCAUCCAGACACCCUCAAACCCAAACCCUGAGCCCUGGGUCCCGCAGAACGCUGCCCAGCCCUCCAGAAAUGAAGCCGAGAGGGACUGGAGGCCUCCAGCUCCUGCCCGCAACUACAGAUGCUCUGGCAGGGACAGAGAGUACCGCAGGUGCAGUCUACAGGCAUGCCCAGGUGCUCCAGUAAACUCCAGGGCUGAGCAGUGUGCAGCGUUCAACAGUCAAGAGUUUAUGGGACGCGUGUAUGACUGGGAGCCUUUCACAGAAGUGGGUCUGGAGCAGCAGUGUGAGCUGACCUGUCGGCCGGUCGGGUAUCGUUUCUAUGUGCGGCAGGCGGAGAGGGUACGAGAUGGAACGCCGUGUGCAAAUAACACACCCAAUGAUGUGUGUGUGGGAGGACGCUGUCUGAGUGAGGGCUGUGACGGUGUGUUGGGCUCAGGGUUGGUUCGGGAUCGCUGUGGCGUGUGUGGCGGUGGAGACGGCACCUGCGAGAGGGUCACGGGAAGUUUCCUGAACACGAGCGUUCCGCUGGGUUACUACAAAAUCCUGGAUAUCCCUCCCGGAGCCACAGCUAUCAACAUCACAGAGAGACGAGCCAGUCCAAACUAUCUGGCCCUGCGCAGUGGAACAGGUCAGUCUGUGGUGAACGGACGCUGGGCGGUCGAUCCGCCGGGAGAGUAUCAGGCAGGAGGAACCACCUUCCUGUACAGCCGACCCAAAGCUGGGCCUCACGAGCAGGGUGAAGAGAGAGGAGAGACCCUCACAGCGCCUGGACCCACAACCACCCAGCUGCAGCUAUACAUUAUUUUCCACAGGCAGAAUCCAGGCAUAGACUAUGAAUAUUAUAUCCCAGUGGAGAAACAGAGAGACGGAGAGAGAGAAGUACACAGAGAGAGGGAGCGAGGACGGGCAGCACUCCGAGAAAUCAGUGCUGUCUCAGUGGCAGUCGAGAACCCUAUUGCUCCUCCUCCUGUGUCGUCUUCCGCCUCCUCGCCUCCAUUUUCCUUCCCUUCCUCCUCAUCUUCCUCUGCAUCUGAUCGAUGGCCACCAGAGAGGCCCCGCCCACAGGGUUUAGGACCCAAUCGUAAUGCUCGGAUCCCUCCAAGAACGGACCUCCCACUGGACAAUCAGCCUGCGUUCGUGUGGCGAAGAGGUGCACUGACAGAAUGCACCGCUACCUGUGGAAAAGGCUCUCAGUACAGAGAGAUUGUGUGUGUGAAUAGACACACAGAACAGGAAGUCCAUGAGAGGAGGUGCGACUCUGCAACCAAACCCAUACCAGAGGAGGAACCGUGUAAUGUUCAUCCUUGUCCACCGUUCUGGGACACAGGCGCGUGGUCAGAGUGCAGUGUUUCCUGCGGCUGGGGUGUGCAGCAGCGUCACAUACAGUGCAGGCAGAGUUUUGGGAAUCGUUCGACGAUGGUUCACCCUCAGCGCUGCUCCGGUCUCUCCCGCCCCAAUGCCACACAGCCCUGCCACCCGCGCGUCUGCUCCCACUGGGAGAUCAGCACCAACUGGAGCGCGUGUUCAGUGGAUUGUGGAGUGGGAAAGAGAGUACGGAGUGUACGCUGUGUCAGUAACCAUGGUAACACUGUGAAUGACAGGGAGUGCAAUGACAGGCUCCGCCCACAGCGCACCGAGGACUGUCACAUGGGUCCUUGUGUCACUAAUUGGUACUUCACGGAUUGGACAAACACUUGUUCUGCGACGUGCGGGCCGGGUGUCCUGCGGAGAGAGGUGGUGUGUUUGACCGGUGGAGGCAGGAGAGAAGGAGACGGCGGAGUGGAAUGUGUGGGAGAGAAACCGGCUGAUAUGAAGGCCUGUAACGGGGGUCCCUGUACACCCACCCACCUGUGGUACACUGGACCCUGGGGACAGUGCAACGUAGCGUGUGGUAACGGCACCCAGCGCAGGGACGUCAUCUGCGUGAGGAAGACAGGAAGUGACUUCACAGUGAGCGGCUCCAGCGAGUGCUCCCACCUGGAGAAGCCGUCACCAGUGCAGUCGUGUGAACUGCAGCCUUGCAAACCACAGUGGUUCACCACCGAAUGGAGCACAUGCUCUCGCUCCUGCGGGGAAGGGGUGCAGACGCGGGAGGUCCGGUGUCUCACAGCAGAAAAACAGUACAGCGCUGCCUGCGAUCUCGACACUAAACCUGCGCAUGAGCAGACCUGUAACACCAUACCUUGCAGUCCCUUUGAAGAUGAGAACUGUAAAGACAGACGACAUAACUGUGUAACAGUGGUCCAGGCCCGACUCUGCGUCUACUCCUAUUACAAGACCGCCUGCUGUGCGUCCUGUACCCAAAGUGCUCAGCGGGCCAAAAGACAUUAACCCUAGACAGGUCACAGAGAUGCCAGGUUCAGAGAUUCACUACGAGCCAAAACUCAGCCAAUCAGUGAUCACAUCAUAGUUCUAUCACAGGAGACAGCCAAUCAGAGGCCAGUCAUGUUCAAAUAGAAUUCCAAGAGAGAAUUCCACCUUGAACUGAGCUGAGUUCAGGAUCCAUUUAAAGUGAAAGUUUUAUAAUGUUACCGCUUAUGGGCUCAGAUGAUUGACAGUAGCUCUUCCCCUAUAGAUGAAGAGUCAGCAGCAGUGCUAGGACUGUUUAGUACACUAUACUGUCAAAUACUUAACCAUUCCUUAAAUGACCUUUAAACGAAUGCACUGAUGUCGCAGGUCCACAUUCUGGACACGUAUAUGAAGAUAAUGUUAAGUGAGAUAAUGUUCUAGACGUUGCCUCUGUGCUUUUGUCACACAUGAAGUGUUUCUUAAAUGUUUCUUUUAAUUGCAAAUCAAUCAGCAUAUCUGGAAUCAUAAUCACUGAAUUAUAUUCCGUCUCAUUUAGCCGGUUUGUGAGGCGAGAGAGUGACCAAACUAUGACAAAACAUAGAGAUAAAACAUCAGUUACACACAUGUGCAUCCUUCACUCCUCAUUAAGAUACGUAAUACGUUGCUUGGAAUUUACUGUUUUUUGUAAGAAAGUGAAAAGGAGAGAAAGAAUGCAUCCCUUUGUUUUCAUGCGAAUGUACAUAAUUACAUAAUUAUUGCCUAAAAAUUACACAAGAAUCAAUGGAUUCUUACACAAAUAUCAAUUCCCCCCUUUGGCUUUGUCUCAGUCCCCUAAAUUGUAAGAUAGCCAUCUUUAUUCUUUAGAUCAGUUUUGUCUGAAUGUAUUUCAGUAGUUUAGUGUUCCAUGUUUUAGUGAUUUUUUUUUUCGUAUGUUUUUAUUGGUUGCCCACAAUAUAAAUUCAGAUAUGGCCAUUACAGAAUCACCGUUUCAGAAGCACUACCAGUUUUAAUAUCAUAAUCAUAAAGCAUUUUUGUUUUGCAUUUCAUUUUGUGUAAUAUAAGGCCUUUGAUAAAUGAUUGCUAUGGAUAUGUGUGCAGACAGAAUGCAUUUAGGACAGAAUUGUUUGUGCGGUUUAAUCAUUGCACGAGUAUUAAAUAUGCAAAUAGUAUAGUCAUUUAGCCAAAGCGAUGUACAAUGCAAGACCACUGCCCUGUGGUUAAAAUACUCAAGGGUUUCUAGUAUCACAGAUCAAAUGUGAACUUUCUGUUACCAGACCAUAGCUCUAACUACUAGGCUACUAUAACCUCUUGACUCGGUUCUCCCUGAUUGCAAAAAAAAAAUAUAUAAAAAAUAUAUAAAUACAGUCAGUUUGUGUGUGUGUGUGUGUGUGUGUGUGUGUGUGUGUGUGUGUGUGUGUGUGUGUGUGGUUCAGGUAAACCCUACCUUACAAGAUGUCCCCAAAAAUAUGGCAAUAUCCGAAAUCCUUGUCUUUGUGGGGACAUUUUUGGUCCCCAUGAGGAAAACAGCUUAUAAAUCAUAUAAGUGAUGUUUUUUGAGAAUGUAAAAAUGCAGAAAGCUUUCUGUGAUGGGUAGGUUUUAGGGUUAGGGGAUUGGAUAUACAGUUUGUACAGUAAAAAAAAAAAAAAAUCAUUAUGUCUAUGAAAAUUCCCCAUAAAACGUGUGUGUGUCUGAGAGUUUAUGUACAUAUUUUGUAUGUAUAUUAUCACAUACAUUUAGAAUGGUAGCAGAAACUCUUUAGAAGAAUAAAAAGAUGCUUUUAUAUAUGAAACAGGAAACAUAGCUAUUUAUCUAUGAUAAAAUACAUAUAAUUUAUUUUUUUCUUAAACGGAUCACUUACUGUCUUUGGAAAUUCAAGGUCAUCUUGUCAUUGUUAUACAUUUAUGUUGCUUUGAUAUGGAAUAAACAGUGUGUGCAGAUUUUACCACAAUUAUUAUUCAUAAUAAAGAAACCUACAACCGUA